AUGCCAACCAUGGAUGACAUUCUAGAUCAAAUAGGGGAGUUUCAUCUUUUCCAGAAACAAAUAUUCUUCUUCUUAGCUCUGCUCUCUUUCACCUUCACCCCCAUCUACGUGGGCAUCGUCUUCCUGGGCUUCAGCCCCCCGCACCGCUGCCGGAGCCCCGGGGUGUCCGAGCUGAGCCGGCGAUGCGGCUGGAGCCCGGCGGAGGAGCUGAACUACACGCUGCCCGGCCUGGGGGCUGCGGGCGAGGCCUCUCUCCGCCAGUGCAUGCAGUACGCGGUGGACUGGAACCAGAGCAGCCUCGGCUGCCUGGACCCUCUGGCCAGCCUGGCCGCCAACAGGAGCCAGCUGCCACUCGUCCCCUGCCAGCACGGCUGGGUGUACGACUUUCCCGGCUCCUCCAUCGUCACCGAGUUUAACCUCGUGUGUGCCAACUCCUGGAUGCUGGACUUCUUUCAGUCGGCCGUGAACGUAGGGUUUUUUGUCGGUUCUGUGGGUAUCGGCUACCUAGCAGACAGGUUUGGCCGUAAAUUCUGCCUCCUGGUCACUAUCCUCAUCAACGCCGUCUCUGGGGUCCUCAUGGCUGUCGCCCCCACCUACGCAUGGAUGUUGACGUUUCGCCUCAUCCAAGGGCUGGUCAGCAAAGCUGGCUGGUUAAUAGGCUACAUCCUGAUUACAGAAUUUGUCGGGCAGAGCUAUCGGAGAACAGUGGGGAUUUUUUACCAAGCUUCCUUUACCGUGGGGCUCCUGGUGCUAGCAGGGGUGGCGUACGCCCUUCCUCACUGGCGGUGGCUGCAGUUCGUGGUCACUGUGCCCAACUUCUCCUUCCUGCUCUAUUACUGGUGCAUUCCUGAGUCUCCAAGGUGGCUGAUCUCCCAGAACAGAAAUGCAAAAGCCAUGAGCAUCAUUAAGUACAUUGCCAAGAAAAACGGAAGACCCACGCCAGACUCUCUCCAGAACCUGAGAGCAGAUGAGGAAGUCGGCGAGAAGCUGAGUCCUUCCUUUCUUGACUUGGUCAGAACCCCUCAGAUAAGGAAGCACACCUUGAUCUUGAUGUACAACUGGUUCACGAGCUCUGUCCUCUACCAGGGCCUCAUUAUGCACAUGGGCCUCUCGGGGGACAACAUCUACCUGGAUUUCUUCUACUCUGCACUUGUUGAAUUCCCAGCCGCCUUCGCCAUCAUCCUCACCAUUGACCGUGUGGGUCGCCGGUAUCCUUGGGCUGCGUCAAACAUGAUGGCAGGAGUGGCCUGUCUAGCUUCCAUUUUUAUCCCUGAUGAUCUGCAUGGGCUCAAGGUCGCCGUCGCGUGCCUGGGCAGAAUGGGGAUCACCAUGGCCUAUGAGAUCGUGUGCCUGGUCAACGCCGAGCUGUACCCCACGUUCAUUAGGAACCUGGGCGUGCAGGUCUGCUCCUCGCUGUGUGACAUCGGCGGCAUCUUCACGCCGUUCCUGGUUUACCGACUCACUGAGGUCUGGCUGGAGCUCCCUCUGGUGGUGUUUGCUGUGGUUGGCUUGGUUGCUGGAGGACUGGUGUUGUUGCUCCCAGAGACCAAAGGGAAGGCUCUGCCUGAGACCAUUGAGGAAGUUGAGAACAUGCAAAGAGCAAGGAAAAAUACAGAAAAAGUGAUUUACCUCCAGGUCAAGAAAUCAGACGUCCCACUGAACUAAGGAGAGAGCUGCUCCCUCCUGGUUUCGGUGAUGCCAAAGCCAGAAGCAGAGAUGUCUUCACUCACCUGGAACCCGGCAGUUCAGCUCCGUCGUCCAUGUAGACCUAUGGCCAGCAGAAUUUGUAGCACUGCCGGGUAAAAACCAACCUUCAGACAGUCCUGCUGAGCCGCUCUGUUCCCAGCAUUCCCAGGGUGAUAGCCACUGGUUUGCUGGAAUUUUAUUUUUCUAUCUUUGUAUUCCUUUACUUGAUUCCUUUCCCACCAUGACAUCAAACCAAAAUACACAGGGGAACUGUGGGCAAGAGAAACCAAAUAGAAAAGAUCGGAAAACAAUGGAGUUGGGAGAAGAGAUUUUGUUUUCUUAAAGAAAUCAAACACACAAAACAAUAUUAAGUGGCCCAGAAUGUACAUCAAGAAUUUUGAGUAGGGGCUUUCAGGAUCAUAGGUGAAGAAAUUUUUGAAUACAUUGAUUUUUAUGUAAGUUAGACUAU